AUGUUUUCGACUUUCACGGGCAACUCGAGACGUCCUCGAAACGUCAACCUGAGCGGGCAGGCCGGCAACCCUUUUGCCAACACAUCUUGGAGUCCUGCCGUCGUCUCCAACGCAACCAAAACCGUGUCAGAUGCUCAGGCCGAACGAGAAAAGAGGCAUUUGGAGAGACAGAAGCUAAAAGCUGCCGGCAAGAUCCAGCGAACAUGGCGUGGCCACCGCGCGAGACGAAACUUGGCUAAUGACAGACGGGCCGCCUUUGAUAGCCUGUAUCGUUCAAACACAGCUACCGAUGUUGCCGAGCGUCUUCCUGUUGCUUUCAGCCUCCUUCUCUCCUUCUUCUCGCGACGAUCCGCCGAUGAUAUCCAAAGAACGUUUAUGUUUGUCCGUGAUUGUGAAUCGGCGCACAUCGAACAUAUUGCCCCGCGUGGCGUUCAUAUGUCGCGCCUUAGAGCCUUGGCUAACAUUCUUAUCACCACAUUGAAUGUUGUGGUUUCGGGAAAAUCUUCCACCUUGGACGUGACCAUUCUUCUCAAACUCAUCGGCCGAAUAACAACCUUCGAUCCUAAUGCGAUAGCACACUCGCUUGCCCUUUAUUAUACCUCACUUGCAAUCGUAUUCAAGGGACAAGAUGCUGAGCAGAAGAACGACUUGUUGUUCACGUCUCUGACAAUGCCUCUCCAGGGCAUGCCUGACAAUAAACCGGCCUACACUGCUCUUGCGUCCAGUUUCUUCGUUCAAAGUGAUUUGUGUCUCUUCGAGAAUAACAGCGCCAUAUUUUCCCAAGGAAUCGAAGCUGGCAAGCUCGCCGAAGCCAUUCGAUCAGUUUAUGGGUCCUCACGUCAAGUGCUGCCUCCUAAGGACGACCUUUUGUGGUUACUGGCCCAUUUUAUCGGCCUCGGACGUGUGUCACUCAAUCCAUCUGCUAAGAUUAGCUAUCUACACGCACUCCUAAUGCAGCUGUCAUAUCUUUCAUCUGAGAUCGGAGUAAGAAUAGGCCUCAAACCCCAAGUUGACGAUUCGGAUGACGAAAAUGAGGGCCAAUCAUUGCAGCCUCUGGCGCCGUAUAUCUCCAAACAGCUUCUAUCUCUUGUAGAACAUGAGGGAAUCUCCUCUAUUCUCCAGGACUUUGCAUCCAAUUUGGCACGUUCUGUAACAGAACAGUCUUACGGAACCAGCCUAUUGGCCGGGUACAUCUUGACACUUUUACACUGCUUUCCAGCAAACGCAGACGACACAAGGAUGAAACUAUUUCUCGGGCAAAUACCAACAGCCACGGGCUCUGUUCCCACUGUCAAGUUUCUCUGGCAUAUCAUGCAACAGACUACAGUGUUUGCGAAGCUGCAACUCGAGUCGGAAAACCCAGUACGAGUCAUCCAGCGAUAUUUGCGCGGCUCGUCCCAGCUGUUAUACGAGAGUACCGAGGAGCAAGAAUGGCGAGUAAUUCUUCUCUUCCUGGAACUGUAUACGUUUAUCCUCCGCCUCAGCGAUGACGAGGACUUCUUCAGUGGUAUGAAUUCACAAAUCAUCGACAACGCCUCAUCGGACUCUCGCCUUCGUCAGUGCAGUCUCUCGCUGAAAGAUGUUGAAACCUUGACCACAUUUUUGAAGAAUACAGCCUUUGUUUUACACUACAAGGCGCGAGAUCUCCCACAAACACAAGAGGGCCUUAACGCGGCAGCAAAGUCUCGACUUGACUCAUAUCUUGGGGCGGAAGACGCUUCCCGCCAGUCAGGCUCCGCCGAGGUACCUGCGCGGCCUGCGUCGACAAUGGUCGAUCUUGAUGGGUUGCGUGCCAUCAUAACGUCGACUAUGAAGAUGCUCUACGAGAGAGACUCAAGAAUGCAUUUCCUCCCUGCUAAUCACUGGUUGAUGAAUGCCAAGUUGCAGCAAGAAGAUUUCGUUAGUGCGGUUAUCGCCGAAGAGGAGCGACAGAAUGAUGAGGAAGCUGAGGGCAGCGAUGAAGAGGAGGUCAGCGCGACCAGGGACAUUGACGAGUCUUCUGGAUUCUACUCAACCAUGGCGGGCCAAAGGGUGUCGCGCCACGCUCGACUAGAACGGCUCAGAGCACAACAAGUGCGCGCUCAAAGAGAGCGAAGGUUGGCCGAGAUGGGACCCAAGUUGGAGAUUUUAAAGCACAUGCCUUUCGUGGUUCCCUUUGAAACUAGAGUGCACAUUUUUCGGCAGUUUAUCAACCUUGAUAAGAUCCGUCGUGAGGGAAACGCCACUUUCCCUUUGCACCCUUUCGCCAGGCACCAUGCUAAGAUUCGGCGUGGUCAGCUAUUUGAAGACGCCUUCAAGCAAUUCUACCAAAUCGGAGACGGACUCAAAGACCCAAUUCAAAUUACGUUUGUUGAUCAAUUCGACACACCAGAAGCGGGUAUCGACGGUGGUGGUGUGACGAAGGAGUUUCUCAUUAGUGUCACAUCCGAGGCCUUUGGAAAUAGUGAAAAAGGAGGUGGCAUGUUCAGUUCUAAUGAGCAAAGGCUUCUCUUCCCUAAUCCAACAGCUGUCGAUACGCUUCGCGACUUCCUCCAGCGGCGGCGUGGCCUGAACGAGAAUGACGAAGAGUAUAGAGACAGUGUGAAUGACUAUCUGAAGCGGUUCGAAUUCCUUGGGCGCGUUAUAGGCAAGUGUCUGUACGAGGGUAUCCUGGUGGACUUGGCGUUUGCAGGCUUUUUCCUACUAAAAUGGCCGUCGGCUGGGCCCAAAGACGAAAACGCCUACAAGGGUAGCAUCAACGACCUGCGAGACAUGGACAAAGAGCUAUACAACGGACUCCUAACACUGAAAAAUUAUUCAGGCGAUGUAUCCGAACUAGCUUUCGACUUCACCGUCACGGAUCAGGUUUCUCCCCCUGACGAACCAGUCCGCACCGUCACUCGAAAGCUCAUCCCCAACGGCGACCAAAUUCCCGUCACCAAUGAUAAUCGCCUACUUUACAUUUCCUACGCUGCUCGCCACCGUCUCGUUGUCCAGCCCGCCCACCAAACAGCCGCUUUCCUCCGCGGUCUGCGUUCAAUCAUCCGCCCAUCAUGGCUCUCCAUGUUCAAUCAAUCCGAGCUUCAACGUCUGGUAGGUGGAGAUUCGUCCGAAAUCGACAUUGAUGACCUCCGCCGCAACACGGUAUACAGUGGACUCUACGAAAUCGGCGACGACAACGAAGAGCAUCCCACUAUCAAAUUAUUCUGGAAAGUCAUGGAGGGCUUUACUGACAAGCAGAGACGAGACGUCCUCAAGUACGUGAGUUCGACUCCUCGCGCACCGCUACUUGGAUUCUCGCAGCUUCGCCCGAAGUUUAGCAUUCGAGAUGGGGGGACUGAUGAGGAGAGACUGCCGAGCACGAGCACCUGCGUCAAUUUAUUGAAACUGCCUCGGUAUACUUCCGAGAGUGCUUUACGAAAGAAGCUCUUAUAUGCCGUCACUUCAGGGGCUGGGUUUGACUUGAGUUAA